AUGGCCUCCAACGCUACCGACUUCGCCAUCCACUACGCCUCCUUCGAGCUUCCUCACAUGAAGCGCGACUCCAUGAACGCCUUCUCGGCUGCUUCUUCCCGCUUCCACACUCCUCGCACUUCUCUUGACAAUGGAAAGCGCACUAUGCCAUCUACCCCGGUCUUGUCCCGCUCUAACUCCAAGACCCGCAUUGGCAGCCCCAAGUCCUACGACUCCAAGGAGCGAAAGGCUGCCCACGCCGAGGCCACUUACCUUGCUCUCCGAUAA